AUGAUUUAGUGUAAGAUUAACUCUGAGAUCAGCAUGCUGAAUGUUUAGUAAAGGAAACCUCUAGUGUCUUGUGUUAUUUUAAAUAUGCCAUCUAAUACAUCUUCACAUAUAGGGAUUCCAGUGUCUAUACUUUAUUUGUGAACAAAACCACUACAACAUCAAUCACAUUACAGGCUUUGAUUAGUUAAUAGUCGUGUAUCCUGCAUUCACGUAAGAUGUAAGUCAAGGACGUGGCCCUCUAACACAACUAGCAGUGGGCAGGAUAACCCUUCCCUUCCCCACUGCAGAGAUGAGCUCUCAGGCACACAAUGGCUUCUUUCACCUUUGCCUGGGAUAAGAGAGAAGUUACACUCUUAGGUCUUUUUGAAGCCAAAUCUAGUGUGUGUAAUGAAAAGAGCUUUGCAAUGGCUGAUAAACAGAGACAGACCUCCGCUGAACUGUUGAAUACGCAGUCAGAGGGGCAUAGAAGAUCCGAUUUGGUCCUCGGAUUCAUCCUUCAAGGGCUUAAAUAACUAUUUCAGUGCAUAUGGGAUAAUAUUUUCCAUUUAAGAUUUCCAGUACAGGGCGAAACACCAUAACCUCCAAUAAAUGUUUCUGAGUCAACGAGUAUGAGUAAUAAAUGCCUCUUUUGUCAUUGCAAACAGAUGUGUUGAUCAAAUUAAACAACUUUUGUUCACACAAUUGAGUAUUUUUAGUCAACGGUCAGUAAAAGUUCAGUUUUGGAUUUUUCCAAAAAUACUUUGACCGCCAUAAAAGAAACGCAACAGUUGUGCUUUUGUGAGCAUAGACAACAUAAUAAUGACUACUAGGGGUCACCUCCAUCACCCCGAAUGAAUGCUUCCCUCCUAUAUUUAGCUUUAUGAUAUGUUACAGACUAAAAUUAGAGGAGCGACCGGGUUCAUGACAGUUAGUUUUUGAAAACAGAUACAAAACAAUGUUGUCUAGUGAGUCUGGUCCAGAGAUGGGCCUCUGGGCCAUUUGGAAACCGCAAAGAACAAGCAGUAAUUGUCUCGGACCCCCUGAAGCAGAAGUGGCAGAAGGGGGAAGUCUGGGAUUGGCCGCUUCACGCAAACAAAACUGGGCGGUCCCACCGAAUUAGUGAUAUAGGCAAAAGAUCUCGGCCCUGUGGUGAUCAAACCUGUCAGAUCAGUAAUCUCUCCGCUUGAGGUGAUUACUACGACCUGUUAUAAAAAGGAAAGGCCUGGUCUUAGUACUAAUUAGGUCACGGAGUUCCUCCUGCUUGGUUAUAAAGACCGGACAGGAACAAGAGGGGACAGUCACUUGGUUUCCUCUCCACAGCCUGGGAUCCUACCUUAGCGUUCCUCCGAGUGGAAGUACAGGGACUGAGAAUGCCACAUUUAACUGACUGUAGUUUCUACAAGAUGAGAGACGGAGCUCGAGUUUCCAACGUUCAAAGUCAUUUGGAGAACUCCAAGUACCACCUCCACCAGACCCAGGCCCAGCAGGUCAAACAAUACCUAACUUUGGGCAGCAAACUUGCUAGCCAGGCCCACCCGGUCGCCCAUCCUCUCCCGGGCCAGGCCCUGGGCACGGUGCCCGUCAUGCGCAAUGGACACAUGCCGCCCGUGAGCGACAGCAGCACGCCAGGAAGCCCAGUCACCUUGCUCUCACUGGCCAACAAUCACGACAGCGAGUUUCCUAUGGAUGAAGUUAUUGAUGAUCUUAUUAGCCUUGAAACCGGUUUCAAAGAUGGGGGUUUGGAUUGUAUGGAGCCAGGCAUCAUAAUGCAAAAUAAUGUGUCACUGAACAACAGCAUGCUGGAGGUGUACGGCGGUGACCAAGGUAUGACUGCCGCUCACGGUGGACUGACACCCUCAUUGCCCACAAAGCUCUCAGUUAAAAUGGAAGUCACAGAACACGACACCAGAGUCAUGGCCAAAGAGAGACAGAAAAAAGACAACCACAAUCUAAUUGAAAGACGACGGCGAUACAACAUCAACUACAGGAUCAAGGAGCUCGGAACGCUGAUACCGAAAUCAAAUGACCCUGAUAUGCGCUGGAACAAAGGGACGAUCCUCAAGGCCUCGGUGGAAUACAUUAAGUGGCUGCAGAAAGAGCAGCAGCACGCCCGUGAUCUCGAGAGCCGACAGAAGAAACUAGAACAGGCCAACAGAAGACUCCAGCUACGAAUCCAGGAAUUGGAAAUCCAGGCUCGUGCUCAUGGUCUGCCCAGUAUGGCUGCAUCUAUGGGAACGGUUGAACUUUCAUCCCAUCUCCUAAAGCAGCACCAGAGCCAAGUCACACCGGCCCCUCCGAGCGCCCAGGUCCCACCGCAGCCAAGCCAGCCACCCCUCUAUCCUCAGGAGGACAUGAGCAGUUCAGAAUACACCCAGCGGACACCCUUGCCGGCGGCCAUGGUUGCAGGGAACGCCGGAGAACAGACCGAUGGCUCCACCACCUUCUCUGAUCCUCUCUCCCACUUUACUGACUUCUUCUGCAGCACCUUGAAAGAAGAGCACCGGCUGGAUGAGAUCCUGAUGGACGAUGCUCUCUCGCCCUUCGGGACAGACCCACUCCUCUCCGCCGGAUCGCCCGCAGCGUCCAAAGGGAGCAGCCGCAGAAGCAGCUUUAGCUCAGAGGAAGCAGACGAGCUCUGACCAUCCGGAUGCUGACCUGCAACACCUGUGUAACUGACCUCCCAAUUUCCAUUGGAUUACAAAGACGACGGGGAACUCAUCCCAAGAUCUUACACCAAUGUUGAGUCAGACACAUCAAAAAAGGGAGAUUGACUGAUUGAUCUACUGACAUUGACCUACUGUACAGAUAAAGGACUGUCUAUACAGCAAUAACACUGGUUACAUAUGAUCACUGGAUCACCAAAUGUAUAUUUCUGAAACUUAAUGGCAUUGUUGAGAUGGACCAGUUUAAAGAGAGAAAUCUUUUUGUGCCUUAUCCAAAGCAGGCUAACUUUAUUACCACUGAGACCAGAAGCGAUGCAGAUGUAAUUAUGCUAGGCAAAAAAACCUAACACAUCUUUCUGUUUCAUACAUAAUGUAUUUUUCCAGAAACAUACUGUUCAAGUAUUUAUGUUUUAAUCCCUGUAUUCUUAAAAAAAAACAAAAAAAAAAACAAAAAAAAAAACAUUUCUUAUUCUAACAUUUUACUUUUAUAUAUAACUCUAGGGGUGUGGGAAAACACAAUAAACCCCUUUUUGAUAAACUGAA